AUGGCUGCUACCGUCUCCGCCACCGAUUUUCCCUACAACCUAACCAUCUCCCUUCCCCUCCCGACCAAUCGCCUUGCUUCGUCCGCCCUACGUACCCUCGAGGUAGAUACUGAGCUGUCGCCGUUUGUGAAGCGCACUCUUACCCUGACCAGCCCGGACAAGAACCAGGCUGCCGACGAGGCCGCGAAGACCGUCCUGGAGACGACCUACUAUGCCACCACGAACCGGAUGCUUCGUGUCGCUGUCAACGGAUUUAUGGAGAGUCUGGGAGUGGUGCUUGGGGUUAUGGAGGAGUUGGAUGUGGAUGUCUUAGAAAUGGGAGAGACAAAAUGA